AUGUUAGCCGAUGUCGCGAGAGUCGUUCACUUUGCGCGGCUCGUAUUGGACUCACGACGGCCAGGACCAUCAACACGUCGUCAGCAAAAAGCCGACGUGCUAAUCGAGACCCCAAGCAGGACCCAUGUUACCCGCUCCAUUAAUGGUCCCUGGGAGGCAUUGGGUGCAGAAACUGCGGAUUUUAUCACUCUGCCGACUGUGGUCGAGGCCAUGGAGCGACAUCCGAUUGAGGCACUGGAAAAAUCGAGAGGAAUGAGGGAGGGAGGACACGCAACGCGGCAGCCACGAACCGAUCAUGCAACGAUGAUCUGGCUAUCAGGAUACAGAGUCUACAGUACGCACAUGAGAGUGAAAGCGCUAAAUUCCCCAAUCCUGGACUUCAUGAUUCUACUGGCCGCUGGUAUCCACUUUCACUCCGAUGCGUCGAGACGCUUCAGGACUGCCGACAGCGAUUCGAGCGCCGAUGUGGAGGGAGCGAGGAUUGAGACUGCUCGGCCCGGUCAAGUCGACUACGGACUAAUUACGGAUGAUGAAAUAUGA